AUGAUUCUGUGCCUUCAUGCUGAGUCUGCUAAGGGGUCACCAUUGAGCAUAGCCAACCCUCCUGAAUUGAAGAACUUACCACUGAAUAUAAAUGGUGGCAGUUGCAUACAAGGAAUCCUAUGGGGCUCUGAUUCCUUUAUAAGUCUUGUGCCUGAUGAGCGUGUGGAGAUGGCAAAGGGGCAGCAGAAUAACAUGGGAAUGACCAUAAAAAGAAACAGCAUAAUCAUAUUAGAAGCCUUGUCUGUUUAG